AUGGUGGGUGUAGCGAGGCAUGCACCUCACCUCAGCUCUGGUUCUCAGAGUGGGAUGCUGUCAGCCCUGCCAUUUGUUUCUGCCUGUAUCUGCAUUGUCCCUGGAGGUCUACUGGCAGAUUUUCUCCUCUCCAGAAAAAUCCUCAGACUCAAUACCAUCAGGAAACUCUUCACUGCCACAGGGGCUCUCCUCCCAUCUGCGUUCUUCGUGUCCCUUUUCUGGGUCAGAUCCAGCUUCAGCGCCACGAUAGCCUUCUUGAUACUGUCUUCUGCCACCAAAAGCUUCAGCCAAUCAGGAGCCCUUGUCAACUUCAUGGAUAUUGCUCCUCAGUACAGUGCCUUACUCAGGGGACUAUCACAGAUCUUUUCUUACAUAGCGGAAGCCAUCUCUCCCACAGUUGCCGGACUUUUCAUCAGUCAGGACUCAAAGUUCGUGAGGAAUGUCUUCUUGCUUUCAGCUGCUGUGAACAUAGCAGGCCUGUUUUUCUACCUCAUCUUUGGCCAAGCAGAGGUGCAGGACUGGGCUAAAGGUAGAUGUGCACCCGCUUCUGAGCAAACCGAGUGA